GUUUUCAGCUAUGUUUGGAUCGCUCUCAGCUACCUUUGGAUUUUACGUUAGCUCGCGCAAAUUUUGUUGCGGCGCAUAGUUUAUUUCGUGACCACUCGGCGUACCUCACGAUUCUCCUCAUAACAAAUGAUUCAAAAAGCAACAAUUUCAUAUUGUUCUAUGUUUGAACCCAAUUGAGAACUUGAAUUCUGAAAACUCAUUUUUAAGCAAUGAAUAACAUUUGACAGAUUUGUCGGCUCAGGACAUCAAUAAUAAAUUCCCAACCAGACCGUCCCUCCAUAUCAAAGAAGGAAUAUCCGGCUAAAUCUCGAAUGCAUAAACAGAACUGAAUGACCACGUAGGUCGUUACGCUAAAAAGAAGAAGAUUGUACUGGUUAGUUUGGAAAACUUCGUCUAAUAAUCAAAAACGUAUGAAUGGUGAUGUAAGCAGCUUCAUACACGAUAAGAAAAAUACGAUAAGAUUUUACAAUUGAAUGCAUUAAUUGUUUAGUUCUUGGGGUGCAAAUGUGCCCCGCGGUCACCAAAUAAACUUUGCGCUGCAAGGAAAUUUGCGCGAGCUACCGCAAAAUCCAAAGGUAGCUGAGAGCGAUCCAAACGUAGCUGAAAACGAUCCAAACGUAGCUGAAAACGAUUCAGACGUAGUUGAUUGCGAUCCAUUCUCAUGGAUUGCGAUCCAUAGCAACCGGAUAACAAUUCAGAGGAAAGUGAGAACAGGUGUAAUAAAGCACUCUUUUCUCCUUUUAUCCUACAUGGGGACUCAACCGGGAUAUUAGAAAAGAGUUGCGUGAAAUGUACAGUGCGUAAAAGACGUGCGCCUGUAUGUGAAGACGCGCAAAGAAGUGUACAGUGCGUGUAAGACGUGCGCCUGUAUGUGUUAAGACGUACAAAGCAUUACGCAGCGCGUGUAAGACGUGCGCCUGUGUGUGUAAAAGAGGAUGAAGUUAAGUACAGUGCGUGUAAGAUGUGCGCCUGUAUGUGUUAAGACGUACAAAGCAUUACGCAGCGCGUGUAAGACGUGUGCCUGUGUGUGUUAAAGAGGAUGAGGUUAAAUACAGUGCGUGUAAGAUGUGCGCCUGUAUGUGCUAAGACGUACAAAGCAUUACGCAGCCCGUGUGCAACGUACGCUCGUGUGUGUUAGAGAGGGAAAGAAGCGUAGUGCGUGUAAGUCGUCCGCCUGUGUGUGUUAAAGAGGAUAAAGUUGAGUACAGUGCGUGUAAGAGGUACGCCGGUACGCAAAAAACGACGCGAGUUGCACAAAGGACAACAGAAGUGUGACUUUUGUGUUAGUGUGACGAUUAAAGACGAAAAGCAUCGCGUAGUGCGUGUAAAACGUGCGUUUAGAGAACGCAAUCAACGAGAAAGAGUUGAGUGUGUGUGAAAGUGUGCGUCACUAGUGGAAAGAGGUAGACGUAUAUACUGCGUUCGAAGAAGGAAACGUGGAAAUAAUGGAUGAAACCAUGAAUACGGACAAUUUUGCAGACGCAGAAAUGCGUAGCAGUACAAACGAUGAAGCGGUCUUGCCAGAACACUCGGAUUUGGUGCGCACGCCGUAUUCGUUUCGUGAUGUUGAAGACGGUUUAGAAACGUACGGGAAUGAUCUAUCCCAAGACUUUAGUGUGUGGCUAAACGAAUUUGAAGAUAUUUCAAAGAUGGCACGUUGGACGCAAGAUCAGAUGCUGGUAAUGAUGCGCAAAAAGUUAGUUGGUGUGGCGAAAAGUUUUGUGAUGAUCAAACGCGAAACCAAUUCGUAUACCGCGUUGCGUGCAGCUUUACUGGAAGAGUUCGGUACGGUAGUUUGUGCGAAUGACGUACACCGUAAGCUGGCAACGCGUAAGAAGAAGAAAGAUGAAUCCGUAUUGGAAUUUAUCUAUGCAAUGCAACGCAUUGCGCAAGGCAUCGAUUUAGAUGAAGUCAGUUUAGUGGAAUAUAUCGUCGAUGGUGUUACAAUGGACACUCGAAGUCGAGCAAGUUUAUACGAAGCUGUGACAAUAAAAGAUUUGAAAUCGAAGCUACUGUUCUGGGAACGUGCGCAAAAGAAAGAUGAGCCAACAGAAAAGAAGAAAGAACAAGUGCGACGCGUGGUGGAAAAAGUAGAAGAAAACUCAAAACGACGUUGCUACAAUUGUGGUGAUCUCGGACAUGAAACACGUACAUGCGCAAACAAACAACGUGGACCCAAGUGUUUUGUUUGCAAUGAAUACGGACACCGCGCAAAGGAAUGUCCGAACAAAGCGCGACAUUCGUCGAACAUGCCAAGGCAAAACAAUGGUGACACCACGAAUGUUCUUACAGUGAAAACAGCGGAACAGAACGAUGUGUCCGAAUUAAAACGAAAUGGACUGAUCACAAAGCGCAUCAAAGUGAACAAUAUGGAUUGUGUGGCUUUUGUCGAUCCUGGCAGUGAAGUGUCGUUAUUACGGAAAGAUUUUUUCGAUGAGUUGCCGUUUAGUGAAAUGGUGCCAGUUAAAACAGGUUUUCGACUCCGUGGUUUCGGUGGAAAUUGCAACACACCACACGGCAAAACAAAGAUAAGUAUGGAAAUUGACGAAUUGAAACGAUCGGUCGAUGUUUUUAUAGUGUCAGUGAAUUCUAUGAACUCAAAAGUGUUGUUAGGUAUGGACUUUUUGCAAACGACGAAGUAUACUAUAACGAACGAUGGUUUGAAACUGGAGGAAGUUGGAUCGGUAGAAAACGACGAACGAUGGAUUUACAAUAUAAAAGCCGCGGAUGUGGGAGAGUUAACGGUUCCUUCAGAAUAUCGCGAACAAAUAGAGUGCAUGAUAAAGUGUUAUAAUCCCAACGAAAACCCACAAUCGGUCGAGACCUUAGUAAUCAAGUUACAAGAUGAAAGUGUAGUUCGUGAAAAUCCUCGUAGGCUUGCUCCAUUAGAAAGGCGUGUGGUUAAAGAUCAGGUACAGGAAUGGCUAGACAAAGGUGUCGUAAGAUCAUCGUACAGUCCAUACGCAAGUGCUGUGGUUGUGGUUCCUAAAAAGAAUGGUACGUACAGAGUUUGCAUCAAUUGGCGGAAUCUCGAGUUUUCACAACGUUGGAUCUUGAAAAUUCUUAUUUUCACGUUCCAAUAG